AUGUUCGUGAACUGGUCAUUCUUCACCACCUAUCCGUAUGGAAUUCUAAAGUUGUCCAAGAUAGUGCUGGCGAUACUACAUCUUUGUUUCAGUUAUUACCGGUAUACUACCUACUUUGGUCGUGAAUUCGAAAUAUUUGCUAUUGGCCUCAACGUUAUGACUGAUGUAAUGAUGGCUCUCUUGUACUUGUUUGAUGUUCAACGCAUGAAUUUGAGCCAACAGAAUGGGAUUACGUUCUUUUUGGCUCUUAAUUUUGCUGUAGGUUGUGUUUUUGGUUAAAUAAGGAUAGGGCAAAGUUAACGUAGGUUAGGGUAGUGUUAAGAUAAGUUAGAGUGAGGUGGGGUAGGAUAAAGCAAGCUAGGGUAAAGUAAAAUAAGGUAAGGUUUCUAGAAAAAGCUAAAGUAGGGUCAUGACAAAGGAAAGGUAGAGUAGGGUAUAUGGUAGGGUAGGGUAGGGUAGAGUGGAGUAGAGUAGAGUACAGUACAGUACUGUAGGGUAGGGUAGGUCUGGGUAGAGUAUGGUGAUAUAAAGCUAAUGUAGGGUAGUUAAAAAGAAAGUAUUUUUUUAUUUUUUUGAUAUUUAGGACACAAUUGUCAGCUUUGCGGCAGUAUUUUUGCUUCCAUUGGCUUCAGUAUUCAGUUUGGUCGGAGUAAUUGCCGCUUUUAUGUAUGACUACAGCCUAAAAUUUGCAUAUGUGUUUUGUUUGGUAAGUUAAAUUUUAAUUUUUUAACUAUAUUCUGACUCUUCAAUUUUGAAAAUUAAUUUUUUUACCUAGGGCAAUUAAAAAAAAAUUUUUUUAUAUGUUAAUGAUGUUAAAUUUAAAAAAAAAAUUUUUAGGCAGUUUGCGCCCUCGUGACCGCUAUUAACUUUAUCUAUGCCAGAAGACUGUAUAAAGACACUAAUGGAGACGCCAAGAAGAUGAUUUACGGUAUCAAUGUGGGUGAUAAGGUGGUUCCAAAAACCUUUGUCUAUGAUGGUACACACUCGACUACUAUCGGCGAUCAAAAGUUUGGCUCAUUCACUGAUAGUUAA